AUGAAACCCGCAUCGAAGUACCGCGACGGAGACCUUACCCACUUGGUCCAGCAGAUACCAGCGCCGUACCAAUACGAUCCGCCGCCCCGUCUGCCCAGCCACCGCGCGAUCGAGCGCAGGCGACACGGCGGUCGCAAGGUGGAGCGUGGCAAAACGUUCUCGAAACCUCCGCCGAAGCACCAAUCACGCCGUCUGGUGGGAACCGCCCCGAUGCCGGCCACGGGUUUGCGACUCGGCGGGACGUAUCACGAGUCGCGUCGCCUUUUUUUAUCUUUUGCGGAUUUAAUCUUUUCGCAUUUUUCGCUGGAAUACAUGUAUCCAUGGCUGCUUGCAAAGGCCUCAGGCUGGGGAUGGGCGAAUAUUGAGACCUUCAAGAUGGGUAGGGGAGAACCCCAGGGGGCAGGGAUUCUCCAGAGUGCACGCACGAACACCAGGCGGCCCUCCGCCUGCACUACGGAGGACAAGAAUAGCCCUGUCCUCGAUCAGACCCGAGCCUCUCCAUCUCCAGAUGCUCGCGGACCGGCCGCCGUGCCAUUGCGUUGCACAGCCGCGCGCAGUUCUAUUUUCCGCACAGACAAGAAUAGCAGUGAAACACACGUGGUUAGUCAGCCCGAGUCGACGGGAGUCGAGAACGGCCCUCGGGACUUCCUAGGGCACGAGACCUACCCUAAGAUGCCUCCAUAG